GGGCAGCAGGGCGCGCUGUGGGCCGGGUUGGCCCUGCUUAGCGGCGGCGGGAGGAGCAGCAGCGACGGCAGCAGCAGCAGCCACGGAGCCGUGCGGAGCUGCUCGGCCGCCUGCCGUCCUCCCGGGGUCCGCCAGCGCCCGAGCCCGGCCACCGGAGCCGAGCCAGCGGCGGCCGAGCCAUGUCCGGCAGGGUGGAGAAAGCAGAUUCUCAGCGUUCUCAUCUCUCUUCGUUCACCAUGAAGCUAAAGGACAAGUUCCACUCGCCCAAGAUAAAAAGGACGCCAUCGAAGAAAGGAAAACAGCCUGACCUAGUAGUGAAAUCCCCCGAAAAGGUCAUCAACAAGAACUUGAGUUGGCUGGAAGAGAAAGAGAAAGAUGUCGUGAGCGCCCUGCGUUACUUUAAGACCAUCGUGGACAAAAUGGCCAUUGAUAACAAAGUGUUGGAGAUGUUGCCAGGAUCAGCCAGCAAGGUCCUGGAAGCCAUCUUGCCUCUGGUUCAGACGGACCCACGAAUUCAGCAGAGUUCCGCCAUCACUUCCUGCUACAGCCGCGUGUAUCAGAGCUUGGGAAAUUUGAUUCGAUGGUCCGAUCAGGUGAUGCUUGAAGGCAUCAACUGUGAAGACAAAGAGGUGGUGAAUACAGUGAAGGGAGUUAUCAAGGCAGUCCUGGAUGGAGUUAAGGAGCUGGUGAAGCUGACAAUUGAGAAGCAGGAACACCCAUCUCCCACUAGCCCGGUCAAGCCCACCUUACCUGUGUCUACAGCAGACAGCCAGUUGGAGCUUCCCUUGACGGAUCGUGAGAUGGAGAUCCUCAACAAAACAGCGGGGUUGACGCCGACCGCAGAAGCAUUGGCAGAUGCCACAGACGAAGAGGUCGCCCCACCGAAGCCGCCCCUUCCUUGCAUUCGGGUGGCUGAAAACAGCCUCCCACCAGCCUUGCCCCCUAAGAAACGUCAGUCGGCGCCGUCUCCUACGCGAGUGGCUAUUGUCGCCCCCAUGAGCCGGACAACCAGUGGUUCCAGUUUACCCAUUAGGAUCAACAAACAGGAAUUUGAACAUGAUUGCUACCCCCAACGGAGGCUGUCGGGGGGCAGCCAAUCCUACGGUGGGGAGUCUCCCCGUCUCUCGCCCUACAGCAGCAUGGGGAAGCUGAGCAAAUCGGACGAACAACUAUCCUCGUUGGAUUGCGACAGUGGGCAGUGCUCGCACAACACAAGCUGUGAAACCUUAGAUCAUUACGACCCUGAUUACGAGUUCUUGCAGCAGGAUCUCUCGAACACGGACCAGAUCCCCCAGCCGGGACUUGGCGUGCUCAGCCCUUUGCCAGAGGGCCUGCGGGAAUCCGCCUCUCCGUUUCUCGGACAGUCUUUCCAACUUCCAGAGAAUUGUAUCUCCCCGACCGCCGCGCCGGCUGUUGAGGUCCCGCCAGCUCUUCCCGAGAAGAAGCGGAGGGGGACGGGAGCUCCGGUUUUCGACGUCUCCGGUGGUCGGGUCCUCCUGGAGAGGCACCCUUCGCAAUACGACAACAUUUCGGAGGAGGACUUAAGCGUCCCGACGCUCUUGCCCUGGGUGUUCACCCCUUUUGCGGCUGUGCUGCCCUACCAGCCUGGGAAGCCAGCCCCGCCUGUUGAAUUCUUGGCUGAUUUCUCCAGUCCCAACAGGGAAUCCGAGGAACCUCCGCCACUGCCGGAGAAGAAAAACAAACACAUGUUGGCCUACAUGCAGUUUGUAGAAGACUACUCCGAACCGCAGCCUUCCAUGUUUUACCAAACCCCGCAGAACGAACACAUCUACCAGCAGAAGAAUAAGCACCUGAUGGAGGUUUAUGGAUUCAGCGACUCUUUCAGCAGCACGGUCUCCGGCCAGGAUCUGGCCCCACCUCCGGCUCUUCCACCCAAACAGAGACAACUGGCUAUUUUCCCUGCUCCUUUCUCUUCUGUCUCCUACUGUGUCCAGCCAUCUAAGGGCCCCCUGGCCUCUGAGGAGGUCGGCACGGGCCAGGGUCUCAGCGUGUCCGUCUCUAACUCCUUCCUCCAGCAGAACAGUUCCUUUCCCGCGCACUCGUACAAAUCGGUCUUCAGGUCUUUCUCCCAAGACUUCGUGCCGCGCGGCCGAGUUCCCACCGUCCCUCCUUUUCUUACAUCUACCUCGGCCACUUCCUCCUCUCCUCAGACUUUUCCACCUGUGCACCAGGCUCCGAACUCGGACCCGCCGGCAGUGCCGGCCACGUCUGGCCAGCCCCUUGGCACCAUAGAGAGGCCACCUUCUGCUUCUUCUUCUUCUUCUUCCUCCUCCUCCUCUUCUUCUCAAGACAGCAGCAUAAACAAGACUGUGCCUGUCUCGCUUUCCUCCGAGCCCUCUUUCACCAAACCUCUCCAGAAGUCUUUGAGUGACAACGUUGGCGAGGUAACCGGGGAGGGUGAAUACGUCAAUCUGUAUUCCUCGGGCCAAAGCAAUGGGGACCUUCUCCCUGCCUACUCGGAAGGAGAAAUUCCAGUCAUUAAGGAUGACCACACGAAAGAUUCAGCGUCGCUGAGUGGAUCUCCAAGAACGGAAAAACACGAGAGCGAAAGACCACAGAAGUCACUGGAAUCUUUGGAAAACCCUCAGAUGGAGGAGGAAGUGGAUGAAUUGUCCCUAGUUAACCACACCGAAAUCAUAUCCAGGCUGACCUUGAAACAGGAAGGUGAUGAUGGUCCCGACGUCCGCGGUGGGUCAGGAGACAUCCUUCUGGUGCACGCGACGGAGACGGCCACUGUGGAGGGGACGGUGAAAGAUCUGGUGCUCUACUGCGAAGCCUUCUUGACAACUUACCGAACGUUUAUUUCCCCAGAAGAGCUUAUUAAAAAACUACAAUACCGAUAUGAGAAGUUCUGCCACUGUCCAGACAACAAUAAGAAACGGGUCAGCAAGAAUACGUUUUUUGUCCUGGUGCGAGUGGUGGAUGAAUUAUGUUUGGUAGAGCUGACCGAAGAGAUCCUGAAGCUGCUGAUGGAGCUGGUCUUCCGUCUGGUGUGCAGCGGAGAGCUCAGCCUCGCCCGGGUCCUGCGCAAGAACAUCCUGGACAAAGUCGACCAGAGGAAAAUGCUGCGUUACGCCAACUCCAUCAAGCCUUUAGCAGCUCGAUGGGUGGCCGCCAGGCCUGGCACCCUGCACGAUUUUCACAGCCAUGAAAUUUCAGAGCAGCUUACUCUCCUUGACGCCGAGCUCUUUUAUAAAAUUGAGAUCCCUGAAGUUUUACUCUGGGCAAAGGAACAAAAUGAGGAGAAAAGUCCCAACUUGACCCAGUUCACCGAGCACUUUAAUAAUAUGUCUUACUGGGUCCGCUCGAUAAUCAUGCAGCAGGAAAAGUCUCAAGACCGAGAGAGGCUGUUGUUGAAAUUUAUCAAAAUCAUGAAGCACUUACGGAAACUCAACAACUUCAACUCCUACUUGGCCAUCCUCUCGGCACUGGAUUCAGCCCCCAUUCGGCGUCUCGAGUGGCAGAAACAGACCUCCGAGGGCUUGGCAGAGUAUUGCACCCUGAUAGACAGUUCAUCGUCCUUCCGGGCUUACCGAGCUGCUCUUGCUGAGGUUGAACCGCCUUGUAUCCCUUACUUGGGCCUGAUCCUGCAAGAUCUGACUUUCGUGCAUCUGGGAAACCCUGACUACAUCGAUGGCAAAGUCAACUUCUCGAAACGAUGGCAGCAGUUUAACAUCCUGGAUAACAUGAGACGGUUCCAGCAAGUGCAUUACGACAUCAAACGCAACGAUGACAUCAUUUCCUUCUUCAACGACUUCAGCGACCACCUGGCUGAGGAGGCCUUAUGGGAACUUUCGCUCAAAAUCAAACCCCGAAACAUAACGCGGCGGAAAACAGACCGGGAAGAGAAAACUUAGAAGGGGGCAAAAAAGCGGGAAGCGCGUGGGCGUCCGAUUAGGACUGGCACAGAGCGCCCAGCCUUGGCGCACCGAGCAGAUUUCCAUCACUUCCUGAGCUGGUGAAGAUCCUCCCUCUCGAUCUUCCUCCAUCGCUUCUGGGCUGUUGUAACAUCACCCUCCUGGUCCGGAAAAUGAGGGACGGAAGAGAAUCCAAACGGGUGACUUUCCGCCUUCUCGAAUGCCAAGUGGUACUUGCACCCAAGGUGCGUGUGUGUGUGUGUUUGUGUGUGUGAAAGAGAGAGAGAGAGAGAGAGGGAACCAGGCAGCCUACAUUUUUGCACACUCUCAAGCGGAGAAAGGAGACGUCAACCAAGAUUCUCUCGCACCCUGCCAUGGCGUAACCGUGGAUGGCUUUGGCCAAGGGUAUUUUCCCGAAGAGCGCGCGCCAAGGAGAACCAUCUCCGAUAACUUCCAAAACCUGGGGAAAAGCAGAGCUAAGGAAGCUGGGGAAGAGUGGAGGUAAACUCUGGCCCCCUCCGCCCACUUCCCUGGCAGAGAUUGCGUCGACACAACGCACAAGGUGUGAAGUUGUUCUUCUAGAGCCCACCGAGAAGUUGGGGCUUUCUCCAACAGUUCUUCUCACCGUCUCUCCCACAGACUUCUCCCACCCUAGAACUGGGAAAACGCUCCACCCCGACGUCCAGAUUUCCACGUGGGAAAAACGGGGGAGGAAGGUCUUACCUUGGCGACGGUACUAAAGCUUGUAAAGGCAGUGAAUCUGUUGACAAAACACAGCCGCCUUGUACAUACGGGGGUGGGUGGGUGGGGGGUUCUAGGACCGUGGCGUUUUUUCGUUUUCGACGUGCAUGUUUGAAUUUUGCCCGUGGAUAUUUUUUUGUGUUUUGUUCUUUUUUCCCCCCCCCCUUUUUUUGGGGGGGGGGAGGGGAAGGGCCAUUUUGUUUGGGUUGUUUUUAGUUGGUUAUUAAUAUUAUUGUUAUUAUUAUUAUUAUUUUAUUAUUAUUAUUAUUAUUAUUUUGGCAAGGAAUCGUUUCGUCGUUUUGUUUUGCUUUUUUUUUUUUUUAAAGAAGAAAAAAAGAAAAAUGGAUCGGGAAGAGACGAAACAAAUCUUUAGGCUUGUGAAGACAUCAGCCCGAAGUUACGACGGAACUGCGGCCCGCAGUUGCGUCAGACCCGUCGUGGGCGGAAUCAAACCGGGUUGGUUUGGAUUGUUGGGCUCCAGAGAUGCUGGCUUAAACCUAAAAUGUACUCCCCACCCAAUCAUUAAAACAAGAGGUGGAGGGUCCCCCCCACCCUUUGAAGAUUCUCUUCCAGAGCAUCUUCCAGAUGUGUUGGGCUACCACUCCCAUGCUGCACAGCCUGCCUUUGAGUCUCCUCCGGCUUCCCCCUGAGGCACGCUGGAGAAAUCUCUAGGGCUCCUUCCAUUCUCUCUGCUCCUUGAAAUCAGAGGCCCCGAGAUGGUUGGUUUCCAAAAAAUGUUUUGUCUUCCUCAUUUGGGAGGGUUGGGCGUUUUGGGGGCGUGCUUCGAUUUUUCUCCUUUUGCUCAGUGGCCAGAACUGAGAUGGCCUCGUUCCAUCCUUUUCCAUCACUACUACCUCCUUCUCUUCUCCUCUUUCUCCUUUUUUUCUUCUCGAUCGCUAUCAUCUCUUCCCCUUCUUCUCCGGUUUUUAUUCUAUUUUCCUGCCCCGUCUCCUAAGCGACCAAAAGCAUGCUCCCUUCUCUCCUCUUAUUCUCCUCCUCCUCCUCCUCCUCCUCCUCCUCCUCCUCCUCCUCC